UGUAUGCGACUUCGAGCGUGCUUACAGUUGUGUGUUUGUAAAUGAUGUUAUGUCGAAAGGAAAAAGUUGUUUUAAUGAUUUAAUGUGGAUAUCGAGGGGGACUGUGAGUCACAUUAAAACUGUUGCAAUGAUGUUUAGAGCCAACGAGAGAGUGAUAGUAAUUUAAAGUAACUGGUGUCAUUUGGAAACAACAAGGUUAGCUGGCUAGGUGUUAGUUUUGUGCUUGUUACUACGGUCUUUAUGUGGCAUGUAAACUAAAUAUUAUAGCUGGUUUAUAACUAAAGUAUAUGUGAAGUGUAAUAAUACAUAUUUUACAUUCAGUUGUCGCAGGUCCAGAGGCUAACAUGGGCUCCACUUUGAUAUUAAAGGUCAGAAUAUGCCUGAAUCCCCUAAAGCCUUUCUUCCACCAGGGACGUUCAGCUUUAUUUACACUUAAUACUUCUCUGUAUAAGUCAUCACAGCUGCCUCCCUCAGCACGCUUUCUGUGCACCAGAGACAAUAACCCUUAUCCAGGAGACGGACAGACAAGCAAAAGGAGCAGUGGAUGGACUCAGGGACAUGGGGGAGUAAAGAAUAGCACCAUCAGACGUAGAACAGAGGAGUAUUUGCGUGAUUCUGUGGAGGUUAGCGAUAAAAGCUCCACUGCUUGGCGUAGGUCUCCUGUAUCAAAAUCUGUGUUUGCUGCUGGGACGGCCAAGAGGAUGACAGAGAUGCUGAAGAGGAAAUCAGCUCUGGUAUCUCUGGAUGAUCAGGAGGAUCCUGAAGAGAGGGCAACCAGCAGAGCAGUGAAGUUGCAGCCUCCUGAGCAGCCACUCUCCGUCACUGAAUGGAUGAAGCUGAAGGAGUCUCUUGGGAAUCCACAAUACUUUGAUAGACAGAUGAUGACUGUGUUGAUAAAGGCCAUGGCAGAGCUGGAUAUUGCCAAGUCCCUGCUCACUUUUGUAGCCGUGGAAAAAGGAACGCUGUCUUAUGAGCUGCUGCUACGGUACCUGACGCUGUGUGUGAUGGGUGGCCACGACUCCGAGGUUGUUGAUGUCUAUGACAUUAUGCUGGGAACUUUCUCUUCUCUGGACCCUGGAGCCUGCAGCCUCUUCAUCAAGUCCUUCAGCCGGACGGAGAGGUGGAGAAAGGCUCUCGGGGUCCUGCAGGAGCUUAAGAAGGUCUUUACCCCAUCAUCGCGCAACUAUGGUGAUAUCAUCUCAGGGGCAAUGCUAAAUGGUGAGAGGAGCACUGCCUGGGCUCUUUAUGAUGAAUUGAUAGAAAAAGGACUUAGCCCGCACCAGGAUACCUGGGAAGCUCUGUUUAAGGCAGAAAGGAAGACUGAGGAGGAAAAAAGGACGGAGACAGUGUCUCAGUCUGAGCAUGAGGAGAGGCUGCAGGCGAUUCUGCUCUACAUGAGGAACAACAACAUUUACCCCCAACAACGCCUCGCCAACUGCAUCAAGACCUGGUUUGAGAGUCUCGAAGGGCAAAAGUGGACAGGAAAAUGGACCAGAGCCACCCUAAAGGGUGUGUGUAAGUGUUGUGGCUCUGAGUUAGAGUCCAUUUGGCUGACUGAUGAGGAGUACCAACAGCUGAAAGACAGAGUGAUGACGGACAUUAUUCAAGGACAAGAUGUUUUUAAAAAGACGACACCAGAGGAGUUGGAGCGGUUCAAGGCGUUUGUAGAGAGGAGACCAGCUUUUGAUGUGGUCAUAGAUGGACUGAAUGUCGCAAAUAUCACCAAGAACAAACACAUGCAGUCAGAGAUGUUGUUGGCGGUAGUGUCAGAGCUGGUGGGUCAAGGCUUGACCGUCCUGGUGUUGGGGAGGAAACACAUGCUGCGGCCCUCCAAAAACUGGGGGAGAGACCACAUGAACCUCAUCAAGCAGAAAGCUCACUGCUUCUUCACUGACAACAUUUCGGAGGAUGACCCCUUCUUGCUUUAUGCCUCUUUGAACUCUGGGAAACACUGUCAGUUUGUGAGUAGGGACCUGAUGAGGGACCACAAGGCCUGCCUGCCAGACGACGCCACCAGACGGCUCUUCUUCAAAUGGCAGAGAGGUCAUCAGGUGGUAGUGCAUGGACUCAGCUUAGCAAGCAGGAGAGUCAAAUUUCAGAGUAUUCUCAGCUUUGACACCAUUAUCCAGACUUCAGCGGACUCGUGGCACAUUCCCUACGACGACACAGAGGACAGGAGCUCACAUGAAGUACCACAACGAUGGCUGUGCCUCAGCAAAAAGCACUGAACAGACACAGUCAUAACUCAUGCUUUAGUGUAACUGUAUCCAUGUAAAUAAAGCAUUUACGCCAAAUAA